AUGGAGAGAUCAGUGGUGAAGUUCAGUCACUGUCAGAAGGAGAUCUUCUGCUUCUCAGUGCCAGAGGACUGUCCAGCAUGUGGAGAGAGUCUGACAGGGAGGAGGCUGGAGGAGGCACCAGUCUGUCUCCCUUCUCCUUUCACCAAUGGACACAAGACCUCCUGCAGUUUCCUCCUCACCUGCCCGCAGGAGAACCUCGACAGAGACAUUGAUGGACAGUUUGAGCUCCACACAGGGAUCUCUGACACCAGAGGUGCGGUGUACAACUACACACAGUGUGGGGUUCGUGUGGACUGGUCAGGCUGGGAGAGGUGUCUUCAUGUUCCGCUGGUGAGGCCAGAUAUGUUUAACCUGCAGGCCCAGUGGGACCAGUACCUGCAACACUUCUCCAGAGCUCCCAUGUGGGAUCCAGUGUGGCACAGGUUCGACGAGGAGAGCCACAACUGUUUCAGUUUCUGUCUGCGCUUCAUGAACAGCGUGCUGGCCAUGCAGGGGAGCGCGUGUGUCACCGGCCAUCAGUUCACCCGCAGCUUCGUGCUGCCGCGCGUGAAGAGGGCGUCCAAAUACACCACGCUGUGCCGCCACAUCGGCCAGCGGCGCUUCUAUCUGACGGGCAGCAGGAGGGAGGAGGAGGACGAGGAGGACGACUGCAACUAG